AUGUUGGAUGUGGCUUUGUGCAGCUCGACGGGGUGGCAUGGCAGACUGCUGGAAUUUUCCCUGACCUCCCCGGAAUUUGAGUUUGAAAAUCACGAGUGUUUACUGUGCCCCCCGCUUCCCCUCUACCGAGACGGAGAGCCAGCUUUUAGGAAGCACAACACUUUGAUUACCGCUACGGCGUGUGCACCAGGAAGCUGCAGAAAUGAAGGGCUGCGCAGUCGCACCAGAGUAGCAUACCUCGUGGAAAAUACCAGACGACAUUAUUACUGCCGGGUAUGUUUCCCAGUGGAUAACAUUGGAACACCAAUUCAGGACGUGCGAUCGCACAGCCUUGAUGAGUAGGAACUAACAAUACUAUGAAUGGAGCCGGUUGGGGUAUUGCAACAAGAGCAAAUUGGCUCUACUGACUGCCCUGGUCAUCCUUUAUCAGUAUCAUUCCUAGUAUGGCGUUACAGAAUCACAGUUUAUUCUUAAACUGAGGAGAAACACGCGAUAUCUGCAAAGCAUCAGGGGUAUGAUCAUCAAGGACGAUUCGCCGUCAUACAAACUUAUUGGCGAAUGCUUAAACACUGAAACCCAAAAUAUGCCCGUCACAGAUGUGUGA